UUAUUCUUGUUCAAGAAACAGAGGAAAGCUUUCUCUGGUUUUCUGUCCAUUCGUCUCCUCCAAAUCCCUCUUCAAUGGCGCCAGUACCUCUUUCACCCAUCAAAGUAGGUCAUAUAUACGAUGUUCAAGAACUCAGAAAGUCAAAACCAGCCACAAUCCCUCGUAGAUUUGUUCGUGGUAUAGCCGAGAGGUCAACACUUGAACAACCCACAAAACAUCCUCUUGACAUUCCCAUUAUUGAUUUCUCCAAGCUUAAUCAACAAAACCCAGAUGAACACUCCACUGAAAUUUCUCACUUAGCAAUCGCCUGUCAGGAAUGGGGAUUUUUCCAGGUGAUUAAUCAUGGGAUUGACCUGAAUAUGCUUGAAGCUAUUGAGAAAGUUGCUAAAGAGUUCUUCAUGCUGCCAUUAGAGGAGAAAAAGAAGUACCCAAUGGCGCCAGGGACAGUUCAGGGAUAUGGUCAGGCCUUUGUUUUCUCAGAGGACCAAAAGCUUGACUGGUGCAACAUGUUUGCCCUUGGUCUUCAUCCUCCAGCUAUAAGAAACCUAAAGCUCUGGCCAACAAAUCCUCCAGAUUUCAGUGAAACUCUGGAGAAUUAUUCACAGGAAAUUAGAAAACUUUGCCAGAACCUAUUGGAGUAUAUAGCAGAAACUCUUGGGUUGAAGAAGAAUGUGUUUGAGGAAAUGUUUGGGUUGGCUGUGCAGGCAGUGAGAAUGAAUUAUUACCCUCCAUGUCCAAGACCUGAUCUUGUUAUGGGUCUGAGUCCUCAUUCUGAUGGAAGUGCCCUAACAGUUUUGCAGCAAGCAAAGGGUAGCUAUGCAGGACUCCAGAUCCUAAAAGACAACAACUGGGUAUCUGUUCAGCCUGUUCCAAAUGCACUUGUCAUCAACAUUGGAGACACCAUUGAAGUACUGACAAAUGGAAAGUACAAGAGUGUGGAGCACAGAGCAGUGACUGAGUCGGAAAAAGACCGACUCACACUCGUAACAUUCUAUGCACCGAGCUAUGAAGUCGAGAUUGGACCAUUGGCUGAAUUGGUUGAUGAGAAUGAUUCAUGCAAAUACAGAAGAUACAACCAUGGAGAGUAUAGCAAGCAUUAUGUGUCAAACAAGUUGCAAGGCAAGAAAGCUCUAGACUUUGCCAAGAUUUAGACCCAACAGUAACUCUACCUCAGGAGGGUUCCACUAAUUUUAGAUUUUCUAUACAUACAAGUUAACUAAGAACUGUGCGUUGUGUAGGUUAUAGAAUUCAAGACAGAAACAUAAGAAUGAUGAUGCCAUGAGAAUGUUUAAUAUAUUUAUGUAUCUGUAUACAAACUCAUGUGUAAGGAGCAUAUAACUAUAAGCUUAUUGGUUAAUAUUAAUGGAAGCUUUGUGGGGUUCAAUUAGCGAAAGAGAGAAAUCAAGAAUCAAACACAAGGAAAUUGUAAAAUGUUCCUGUUGCUUUUUUCUUGAGGGGUUUCUGAUCAGAUUCCUUGUUAGGAAAAAGGCAGGAUAAAUGUUGGGAAAACUGACACAAUCAUCAUCUCCAAUAUUUUCCCAAAGAAACAAACAGAAAAGUUGGCAAAA